AUGUAUACAGUUCACAAAGAUGAACAAGUUAUGGUUUGGGAUUUUUAAAACUAAAAAGUACUAAACUCUCAAUAAUACAGCAUAAGUUACUAAUUUGAGAGAAUUAUUCUAUUUUAAGCUGAGAGUUACUUGUUAGUUGUCUCAAGUGAUGGAUCAUUUCUUAGGUUAGAUCCUCAAACUCUAAGUAUCAUAACUACAAAUCAAAUAUAGUAAACAUAGGCUUACUAAUAGUUGUCAACAUAUUGGAUAGAUGAACAAAGAAAAUAAAUUCUAUAACUAACUUUUAAAAAUUAGCUUAUAAUAAUUAACUUUGAAAGUGGUUCUAUUUUAACUUACUCAGACUUUGUAAAUGAAAAUCUAAGUUACUUAAAUUACUUCAAAGAAACUGGAGAGAUUUUGGUUCAAAGCACAAAUAUGACUUUUUAUAACUUUGAUUGUUUCCAUUCUGGCAUUAACACUUUUAAAUUAUAAAACUUAAGCAAUGUGAAUAUUGUCAAAAUAGGUAAAAUAGGCGAGUAUUUCGUAUCAAUUAAAAAUUAAAAUUCUGUUUCUUAAAUAUUCAGAUUUAUUAAUAGAAAUUAAUAAGCAAGUCCUUACAUCAUUUUUAAAAACCAAAAUAAAUACGAAAUCAAUUCGAUUUUAUAUAUUUCUUAAGAUAUUAAGAAUAAUUAAUCUCCUUCUCUGUAUUUAAUUUGCAGUUAUUAAAUUGUACAAUUAGACUUAAACGAGGGGAAAGAAAGCGUGAUUACUGAAUUCACUUCAGUAUAAUACAUUCAAAUGGCAUAAUAUAAUACUAAUUUUUAAGGAUUGCUUUACAUUGAUUUUCAAAAUAAAAUUUAAAUUUUUCAGUCAUAAAGUUAAGCUCAAAUUCCUAUUAUCAAAUAAGACAUUCUAUUUUAAUAUACACCAUAACUGAGCUACAGAAAAUUAUUAUUGGUUAAAUCAAUUUUAUUUCUAUCUUAGAAGAUGUUUAUCAUCACAAAUUAACCAUAGCUUAAUUUACUUGUAUACGAUUAAAAUCUUCAGAUAAAAAAAAUGUUUUCUUUCAACCCUACAAAUGAAUAUAUGAAUAAAAAUAAUUUCAAUGUGAUACCGGACGACUCGUCAUAUGAAUCUACUUAUCUCACUCAAGAUGCUAAGGUUUUGGUUAAAGAAAACUUUUUAGUGAAAUAUGCCUUCAAUAUCAUUGAAGUUUACUAUUUAUAAGACCUAAUUUAUGAAAUUAGCGAAGACAGUUAUAUUAUAGGAGCUUAUAUUUAGUACACGGAAGUUACUUAAUAUUUACUUGUUAUAAAGCAGAAUUCCUAAUUUUACAUGAGACAUCUAAAAACUGGAGUGGUUAUAAACACUUAAGUUUUUCCUAAUAUUCAAAUUUAUAAUUAUUAAAUUUCUAGCGAUGCUAAAAUUAUUAUCUUAUUUGGCUAUUAGUCUGAUAAUUAUUCAGUUAUAAGUAUUUCUGCAUGGAGUUUAGAUGAUAAUAUGCUAUAAAUAGGGGCAUCUAAUGGAGUUGCAAUUUGUAAAGGAUCAUUUUUAAAAAUGGACAUCUCUGCUUCAAAUAAGUAUUUGCUUGUUGUCUGCAGCUUUUCAUUUAGCUUUAUGAAAAUAUCAAACAAAAUGGAUUUACUCAAUAAUAAAUCAUAUAGUAAAAAUUUAUAAUCAGGGUUUAUUGAUGAGGAUCCAAUGUAUAUUUGUGUUUUUGGAAACCAAGAUACUGCAUUCGCAGAAACAUACAGCUAUACUCUACCUAAAGUAGAUGGAAAUCUAGCUACACUUACUUUAUAUGAUAGUAGAAAAUUCUUUGCAAUGUACACUUAAGCAGUCAUAGUCUUGCAAAAAGAAUAAAAGAGAAUGACCUUGUUUAAUCCAGCAAGGACAGAUGUAUUGCAUUAUUUCUACAUAAGAAAGUUAAGUAAAACUCAGGAAUUAUACUUUCAAUAUUCCACAUUAAAAGUGACUAGUACGAAUUACAUGACGGCUUACAAUAAUAAUGAGUAUAGAGUAUUCUUUUCUUACUUCAAUAAUAAUAAUUAUUCUGAUGGUAGAACAAAGUAUGGUUAUUUUGACAUAAUAUCAGGAAUAUCAAAAUUGAAUAUAUUUGGUGUAUACUUUGAUCCUCUGACAAAAUAUUUUUAUUGUAGCGCUGAUGGUAAUCUAAUAUUUUACUUUGAUUAGUAGUUUACUGCUCCUGGAAGUUUCGAAGGGAUGCUUACUACUGAUAAAUAAUUUUAUGAUCUAAUCGUUGAUAAAAAUCAGGUGUAUUCAAUUUCAAAUACAGACUUCACAAAUAAUAUUCUUUCAGUUGGACUCAACAGCACUUAUAAUUAACUUGUUUAGUAUAAUAAUGCUAAUUACCAAUAAUAAAACUACUUAGAUAUAUGCUUUAAUACUAACAGAACAUAUGCCUUAAUUAUAACUAACACAACGGCAGUUAUAUCAAAUGUAGUAAAUUUGAUUAUUGCAAAGAAACUAGGAGAUAGCACUUAUUCAAAUGUAGUUUAGUGCUUCUCUACAAAUAAUUACUUCGGAGUACUCUAUUAAUAAAACAUGGUAAACUCUUAGAUUGCUAUUUAUUCAUAGGAUCGACAAUUCACAUUUAUAGGUAUGAUAAAUCCUACGAAUAACUAAAUAAUCAGUUCUUUCAUUAUGGUUUCAGUUUAAAUAAUAUAUAUUUCGAAAGGCUCUAUAUUCACUGCAAACUUACCAGACAAGUAAAGCUAAGAUUAAACAACCAUUUCUAGUGAUCCUAACUUUGAUGGUAUGCCAAUAAAUUUAAUAGCACUUGAAAAUAAAUUUUAUAUACUCUAUUAGUAAUCAUUGAUUUUAUAUUAGACUGAUAAAACAGUAGUGUCGAUUUUAAGAAUAAGUAAGCUCAACUAGCAAGAAUCCACUUUAUCACGUCAGUUUUUAGUUUAGACACCUGUGCUAAUCAGUCUCUAAAAUAAUUUCUCUAAGCUAAAUCUAGAUAAAGAACAUUAAUUUGUCUGGAUUGAAAGCUAAAUAGGAGAAGUUUUGGUACACGACUCAAUAAGCUUCAAAUAAAUAAUGUAUUUAAAAAAUCCUAAAAAAUACAGUUUCAUCUCUCAUUCUAUGGUUUUUACAAAAAAUGAAGCAUUUAUUUGCUGGCUUGCAAAAUGUAUUCGCUUUGAAUAUACUCAAAGUAUUAUAAAUGGAACAAUAAGUUAUAGUUUAUCUAAAGAUACUUAAUUUAUUGAGUUAAAUACAUAACUUAGUGUCUUUUAAAUAUCAUAUGAUGAAAUGAGCUAGUAAUUAAUAUUAUGCUCGAACGAUCAAAAAAAUUUGUUUCUCCAUUCGAAAUAAGGGUUAUUGAUAAAAUAAAUUUAAAAUAUAUAAUCCAAUAAUACGAAUAAUACGUGCUAAGGCCUAAUUGUAGAUAAAAUGUACAAUAGAAUUUAUUCUUUGGGUAAAAUGAAUAUGACUAUAUAUGAUCUAUCAUUUCUAUUAUAAUCAAGUACUUCAUUUAUUUAUUAGGAUUAAUAAUAUUAUAAAAAUCCUUUUCUAAAUAACUUCAGUUAUUAGAAUUAACUUGACAAAUUGAUAUUAUAUAUUCCAAAUAGAGAUGAAGUGGUUAAAGUGUAUGACAUUAAUUAAUAAAUUUACCAAGAGCCAAUUUACAUUCCUGGCUUAAAACAAAUAAUUCCUUUUAAAAAUAACUUAUUAGCAGCUAAAACAGAUAAUGAACUUAUUUUGAUUGAUAUGCUUACAAAAUAAGUUAAAAAUAAAUCAACAUUUAAUGGAAUUUAAUAAUUUGAGAUAGUCAACUUUAAUUAAGAUAAAAAUAUACUUAUUGUAUUUGAUAAAGAUAAAAUAAGGUUAAUUGACUAUGACAGUAACUAUCAAAUUUAGUUCUCUUUUAUGAUUAAUUUAGGUAGCUUAAUCAAUCUAGUUUAAACUGAUGGAGUGAUGAUGAUAGCAGCUGAUUCAUAAAAUAAUAUUUAUGAUAUUAAUAUUACAAACUAAACUUUUACAAUGAAAAAUAAGUCUGUGUUAAGCAAUUUACCUGUAUCUACUUUAAUAAUAAAUAGUAAACAUUAAAUUUUAGUAGUAUUCUAUGAUGGAUAAAAAGCUGAAUUUUUUUCAAGAAAAGGUAAUACAUAAUAACCUUUGUAAAAGAUUUAUGGCUUAAAUAUCAGUGAAAAAUUUAAUAUAACUAACAAUACUACUAACCCAAUUACCAAUAUUGUUAGCAAUAUUACUAAUACAGUCAAUGGAACAUUAAGAUCUUGUAUCUAUGAAGAAGCAAGGUAGCUAGUGUUUAUUUUAACUUAAAAUUUAGGAAGACUCUUUGUAUUUUAGUACUAAUCUGAUUUCUCAAAAAUAGCACCGUUCAAGCUCAUUAAUGUCCCAACUAGAUAAACUAAAACUAUGUUUCUAAAAAUGUUUGUAGAAAUAAAAACUUUAGCCAUAAUCACAAGCUAUUAAAUAGACUUGCUUGACUAAGACUCUCUUUAUCCUUAUCAAAUAUUAAGAGACCAAGAGUUUAUUUCAAUUAGUAAUUUUCAUUUCAGGAUUACCAAUAAUAAAGACUAUUUAGGAAUAUUAACAACUACUUCAAAUUUGUUUAUUUUCUAUUUUGAUUAGGUUGCCAAUAAAUUUGUGAAAAUAAAAAUUUUCCCUAUAGAUAAUCCGAAAUUUGUAAAUAUUUAGUAGAAAUCUUAGAUGAGAGACAUUUAAACAUUUUAAAUCAUUGGUUUUAGCAAUUUAGGAACAGUUUUUAGUAUUUCAACUAAUUUAAAUAUAUCAUAAUAAACUGGUAGUCAGUAACCCACUAAUUAAAUUAAUGAAUGUAUGGUAUAGAUUUUAAAUCCUUCCUAUGGAUACAUUUAAUACACUUUUAACUCUCUCAAAGCUGGUAGAUUAUUAUUGGACAAUUAGAGUGAUAUUACGAAGUACAGGAUUAUUUUUAAGGAUGGUCUAUUUAGUAAAUUGAAUUUUUAACUCCCUGACUUUAGUUAAGAUUAUUCACUAGAUUUUAUUGGUAACUCAUCUUAGCCUAUUUUAAACAUUACAAAUGAAUUCUUGAACUUCCUCAAUCCUGUUGAAUUAUACCUGGAAAAUUUACAAAUAGUUUCAGGUAAUUCUCAAAUAGUUUUUAACAAUAAAUUAAGAAAUACAGAUUAUUUGUAAAAAUAAAUUGCUAAUAUAGUGUUCCAAUCGGUUACAUUUAACACAUAAAACUCAAUUUCAUAAUUUGUUUUCUAGGAAUUCCAAUCUAUUUCAUUCAACAACACUCAAUUCAAUUUAGCACCAUCUAUCAAAAAUAUGAGUUUCAUUUUAAUAAAUAACAGUUAAAUUAUAAAAAUUCAAAACACAAAUAUAAAAGAUAUUAGCUUGAUUGGCUCUAAUUUGAUUCAUAUUAUUGGAGCAGAUAUAGAAAAUCAGAGAGAUGAAUUCGAAAAAACCAUAGUUGAAAUAUAAAACUUAAAAUUUGAAAAUAUGAAAUUGAUUGAUUCAAAUAUAAUUAAUUUUGAGAUGAUUCAUCAAACUAAUAUGAACUAAAUUUAUUUUGUAAAUAGCAGAGCUAUUUAAGAUCUACAAUAAAUCCAUUAAUCAAUCUUAGUGAAAAUGUGUGGACUGUAAUUAAUUUAAAUGACUUAAGUAAAUUUUACAAAUAACAUUGAUGUCCAAUUAAUUUAAUAUUCUCCAACUUAUCAGGAUUAAAAAUUUGAGAAUAUAUAUGUAGAAAAAACUCUAAAAUCUUAAAAUAUUAGCAUCAUUUAAAGCAAUUUAACUUAGAAUAUCAUUUAAACCAUACCAUAUAGCCUAAUUUAUAUUAAUGCUAGAUAUUUCUAAUUAAAUAAUAUGAACUUUAACUAAAAUUAAGUCAACUAAGUGCAAAGUUAUUAACUAAAUUAAAUUCAAUAAAAUUAACUCGGUUCAGAUUUAAAAUAAAAUCAAUAUGAUGGUGAAACUAGUGUUGUUUCUGUAUUUGGUUCAGAAAAUUUUAUUGUUAGUAAAUGCAAUUUCAUUUAAAAUAAAGCUACAAAUGGAGGAAGUCUGAAUAUUCAAAAUACUUAGAAUUUUAUUAUAGAAGAUUCUACAUUUUAAAAUAAUGAAGCUUUGAUAAAUGGAGGUGCCUUAUACAUAUAAAAUGAUGAAUAGUUUAAAUUUUAUUAAUAAAUAUUUUAAAAUUAAAUCAUAAGAAGCUUAUUUUAAGGUAAUUCUGCAAAAGUUGGUGGAGGUGCAAUAUAUUCAAAAAGAACCAAUUAUACUUUAUAUGAUAGCAUCAUCAAAGAUAACUACUCAAGUAUUGGAGGUGCUAUCAGGUGUUUGGAUCGUACACCUCCUUAUCCAGAUGCUUUUAUAAGUUCUAUUUAAUCUGAUUUAAGGAAAUUAACUUCUGACUAAUAUAACAAUACAGUCUAAAAUAAUAAAGCUACAAUAUUUGGACAAAAUUUUGGUUCGUUUCCUUUAGCUAUAAAAUCUGACAAUUAAAUAAUUGGCUCAGAUUUAGUUUAUGAUAACUUUAGAAGCGGAGAUAUAAUAACUAAUCUAUCUUUGCAAUUAUUAGAUGAGGAAUUUAAUCCUGUAAAACUUUAGCAAAAAGGCUAUGGAAUCACUUCAAAUAGCGAUUAAAUCAUAAUUUAGCUGUAAAAUGGAAAUGCCAAAGCAUUUUCAGAUGAAAUUUUUUUGAAAGAUUAAAUUACUGCUAAGUACGAUUAUGAUAAAUUUUUAUUCACAAACUUGCAAAUUAUAGGUGUCCCAGGGAAAGAGUAACAACUCUAUAUUUAGAUACCCUCAUUAAAGGUGUUUAAUAAUAGCUAGGAUUAAUUUUUAUAAUCUCCGCCUUUGAAAAUUAAAAUAUAAUUUAGAAAAUGCAUAGUAGGAGAAAUACUUGAAAGUGUUUGCCCUAGUUGUUAAUAAUUUUCUUGUAGAGUGUGCGAAGAAGGCACCUAUUCACUAUUAGAUCCAAAUUUAUAAUAAGUUAAUACCUGUAAGCUAUGUCCAUUUGAGCAAGCAUCAUUUUGUAAGUUAAACUAAAUUAUUUUAAAAUCUGGAUAUUGGCGUAAAAACUCAUUAACAGAUGAAAUUUUUUAUUGUGAAAACUCUCCUUAAAAUUGUUAUGGAUUAGAAGAAAAUAAUUACUGUGUUGAGGGAUUCACAGGUCCUCUAUGUGAAACUUGUGAUAUUGAAAAAAAAGUUUGGAACUAGAGGUACGGAAAGGUUUCAAAUAAGGUUAAUUAAUGUUAUAAAUGCUCAGAGAUAGAAUAGGGUAUUUCUUCAAUAAUACUUCCAUUUAUAGGAGUGUUAGCAUAUAUCAUAUUUUCUAUCAAUAGAAUUAGCUCAAUGGCUUAACAAUAUUUAUAUGCUACUUAUUUACGUAAAUGCCACAUUUUAGCUGUAGGUUCUAGUGGACAGGCUGAUAAAUUUAGUUUGUAUAGUAAAAUCUUUAUGAAUUUUUUGUAAAUUUCGAUGAGUAUUCUUUAAAUGAAAAUAUCUAUUCCUACAUAAAUAUUCACUUUGUUUAAUAUUAUUGGAGAUCCUAUUUCUACAAGCUAAUUUUCUCUUGAUUGUUAUUUAGAUAGCCUUCCUUUUUCUAUUCCUGUUGCUUAUUAUCGUAUUUUAUGGAGUUAAAUUAUACCUAUAUCACUUUUUAUUUUAUUGGUGAUUGGAUAUUUAGUUUUGGUUUUAUUCAGAUGCUUUAAAUUCGAAAAGAAAUUCAUUUACUCAAUGCUUCUUAUGCUCUUAAUUUUUAUGCAAACUGGAAUUGCUUAAAUUUUAUUCAAAUCUAUUUCUUGUCGUUAGUUUGGUAACUCUGGAAGUUACAUGCUUAGUCAAUUGACAGAAGAAUGUUGGACCUCAACACACAUAUUAUUCACUUUAUCUUUAACUAUCCCAGCAAUUAUAAUAUGGAUUCUUUUAGUUCCUCUAAUAUUUUUUUAUAGAAUUUUUGUGGCUUCUAAGAAUAAAAAGCUUGACAGGUUCUAGACUAUUCAAAGAUACGGAUAUCUUUAUUAGGAGUAUCGUUAAAAUAAAUUUUAUUGGGAAUUUAUUAAAAUGUAUGAAAGAGUUUUUAUAACUCUUUCCUUGGUUUACUUUAACAAUUACCCUAUAGAAUAAGGAUUUUGUAUUUCUUUUAUCAUAUUACUCUAUAUCUACUUGUCAUACACUCACAGGCCUUAUUUAAACUAAUAGAUAAACUUAAUAGACUAAAGAAGCUCACUUGCAUAAAUAUUAAUUGCCUUAUUAGCAACUUUGUACAAUUCUAGUAAUUAACAAAUUAAUAAAUAAUGGAUACUCUUUACACUAUUUGGAAUAUAAAUCAUAUUUAUUAUUUAUAUGAUUAUUCUUCUUGCUAAAGAUUGUAUUUAGACUAAUAAUUCUUACUUUAUCACUCAGCUUAAGCUCAAAACAGUACAAAAGUUCCCAUAUCUUUCAAAGCACUUCAGAUAACUCAGUGAAAACCCAUGGAAAAAACUCGCUAAUUGGUAGUUGCUAAGAUUAAAUACCCAUUUAUGGCUUGUCAGUAGAAGAUAAAAUAGUUAAAUAUUAUGGGAAGAUUUUGCUGAAAAGAAAUCUAGAGACGUAAAGAGUAUUUGCUAAUAAAUCAGCUAACUUUCUAAGAAUAAAGGAGCUUCAAAUGAAUUGCUUAAGAAUUCAAGCUUGAAAAUAAAAUCAGAAAAUUAAGAUUUAUAAUCAAAUUCUGUGAAUUAAAAAAUAUCUCUUUACACAAUUAAAAACGAACCUAAUUAAGAAUCAAACAAUUUAAUCAAUCAGUUAAGUUUUAUUUAAAAUUAAAACAAUGCUUUAGUGUCUCUCUAAAAAGAUUCUAACCAAUAACCUGAUAACUUAGACUAUAUCUCUCAUUAUUCUUUAGCUUCUUAGAAAAUUCCAUCAGAAAUGAAAAUAAACUCAGAAGUAUGUAAUACUGAAAAAUAAAUUUACAAAACUGAAUAUUUUAAUGAUUAAAAUGAUGAGUUUGCUUUACCUGUGUUGAGGGAAUCAGAUGUUUUUCCCUCUUACAUAAAUAAAGUAUAUUAAUAAAAAUUAAAUUCUAACAUCAUAUCUAAUUAAUAAUCAAAUAUCGAUUAAUAUAAGUAAAUCUAAAAAUAUUCUAAUCAGUAAGUAGAAAACAAUUUAGAAAAUAUUUCUCAUUAUUCAGCAUCUUAGAUAAUUCCUUCUGAAAUGAAAAUAAAUUCUGACCGCUCUAAUACAUAAUAAUAAAUAUACAAAGUUGAGUAUUUUAAUGAUUAAAAUGAUGAGUUUGCUCUACCUGUGUUGAGGGAAUCAGAUGUUUUUCCCUCUUAUAUAAAUAAAAUAUAUUAAUAAAAAUUAAAUUCUAACAUUAUAUCAAAUUAAUAAUCAAAUAUUGAUUAAUAUAAGUAAAUCUAAAAAUAUUCUAAACAGUAAGUAGAAAACAAUUUAGAAAAUAUUUCUCAUAAUUCCUUAGCAUCUUAGAUAAUUCCUUCUGAAAUGAAAAUAAAUUCUGACCGCUCUAAUGCAUAAUAAUAAAUAUACAAAGAUGAGUAUUUUAAUAAUCAAAAUAAUGAAUUUGCUCUACCUAUGCUAAAUGAAAAAGAUGUUUUCCCAUCAUACAUAAAUCUAGCAUAAAAUUAAAUGAACUCUAAUAUAUAAGAGCUAAAUGUAAUAGCAAAACAACAAACAAUUGUCAACUAAGAUAAAUUUAUUUAAAAAGAUUCUUAUCAGUAAGCUAAUAAUAAUUUAGACUAAGUUGCUACGAAUAAGCUAAAUAAAUAAGAUGUUUUUCCUACAUAAAUAAAUAGAGAAUAGGAAAAAAUAAUUUUGAGUAUAGAAGAUAAUAAAGAAAAAUAGGAAGCAAAUACCGAUUAAGAUAAUUAAAUAGAUCAAAUUUAAAGUAACUAAGAUAAUAAUUAAUUUGAUGAAUUUAAAAAUACUGAAAAUAAUGAAAACUAAAUUAUUAAAAACUUUAUAAAAAAUUAAAACAUAAUUAAAAGAAACACUUCUAAUGUACCAGUAAUACCUUUGUAAUUAAUAGUAUCUGAAGAAGAUGAUGAUUAACUUGACUUUAACUAAAUUAAUAUUGCAAAUUUAAUUGAAUUACAAAAGAUAAGUUUGAAUGAUGAUAAUUAUAUUACGUAAAAGGGUAAAUAAAAUAGAGUAAAAUAAAAUAAUGAAACCUCAGAAGUAUUAGAUUUAAACGAGCAAGAUAAUCAAAAAAAAUAAAAUUUUAAUAAAUAAAAAGAAUUAGAAAAGUCAGAUUCUGAGGAUAAUAAUUAAAAAAUAAGAUAUUUAGAUCAAAGCUCAAAAUCAGAAAAAAGCGAUGAUUAAACACUUGAUUUUAUCUUUUUGUCAGAUGAAGUUAAUGAUAUGUUAAAAAACAAGAUUAAAAUUAAAUAGUAUCAACAUAAUAAUCAAUAGUUAGAAAAAUAAGAAUUCUAAGCAAAAGAAUAAACAAAAUAAAAAGAUUCACUACAAGACCUAGACGUUUUCAUAGAUUUAGAAAAUUUAAGUAAAAAUAUUAUUGAUUAUAGGAAUUAAAUUAAAAUCUAAGAUUUGUUUAACAAUUUAAGUUCCUCAAAAUAAUCAGAUAUUAAUGAAAAUUAAAGUCAAUCAUUUGAUUAACAAAUAAAUAAAUGA